UAAUGAUAAUAAAAUAAUUCGAUUAUUAAGGAAUUCCGCUAGGAGCAAGGAACUCCAAAGUCUAAAAGAAUGGGGAAUAUCUGGGGGGAAAAAAGAAUGCGGAACAUAUUACUAUAAAAAGAGAAAGAACAGGUAACUCACUCCGUCGAAACAUCUGCUAAUUGCAGUUUUGUACCCGACACUGCUAUGGCCGCCACCAGAGAUAAUGAUGGUCGGGCUUUCCCUGAAGAUUUGGCAAUGGAGAUUCUACUCAGGUUGCCGGUGGAGUCCUUGUUGAGAUUCAAGUGCGUCUGCAAGAACUGGUACGAGAUUAUCAAGAGCCGUAGCUUUAUCAGAGAACACAUGAAUUGGAGCGGCAAGAACAAGCCCCCCGAAAUCCUGAUUUAUGAUCAUAGUGCCCCAGAUGAUUCCCCUCCCAUCACUUUGAUUUCGAUUUCAGAUGCUGCAGUUGUACAUGAAAAUCCGGAUUAUCUCCAGAGGUUCAGAGGUAUGACAUACUUUUUAGGUUCUGUGGAUGGCUUGUUUUUAUUGGAGAGAGUAAUUGAUGGCAGCAUAUUCAACAUCUCCUUGGCUAUGUGGAAUCCUGCCACCCGGGAGGUGAGGCCCCUUCCUUCACCCGAGUUCAAGCUUCAACCAUCUUUCAGACAAAGAGGCUGUAAUUUUGGGUUCGGAUUAGACCCAACAACAGAUGACUAUAAGGUGGUUUGGUUUCGGUCUUUCUGGGAUAACAUCAGAAAUCGUAGGGUCCCUCAAGCAUAUGCAGCCGUCUAUUCCUGUUCGAGGGACUCAUGGAGAAUACUUCAACCUGAAAAUCAUGAUAUCUUCAUAUAUAAAUACUGUAUAGAAGCCCUUGGUACUGCUUACCUGAAUGGAGCUUAUUACUGGCUGCUAAAAGGGGAAAGAUGCAAGUGUAGCAUUCUUUCCUUUGACUUUGGCAAAGAGGUGUUUGUAGAGAUUGGAGGGCCAGAUGCUCCGCGUCCAAUCAUUGGAGGCUGAAUUUGACAUUACUUGAUGACUCCAUUGCCCUCUUGAACAGUGUUGAUGGAUUUUUUAAUCAUUUAUGGGUAAUGAUCCAACCAGGGGUUUGGAACAAACUUCUUACCUUUCAAUGCUUUUCAAAGUUUAAGUGUUGGAAUCCAUACACUGUUAUUUUUGCAACUAAACAUUCUCGCCUAGUCUCUUAUGAUGUUAGGACCCAUGAGACGAGGUAUCUUGGAUUUCGUCAUCCGGGCGUGUGGACAAAUUACAUGGAGGGUGGUUGUUCGGUUCAUUAUUAUAAGAAGAGCAUAGUAACAAUUAAACGACUUUACCUGACAUAUUUGACUCCUUGAUUGUGCUUUAAACAAGAGCUGAUAAUAUGUUACAAGCUCAGUGUCUUCUAUAUUUAUAGAGAACAGACUAUGUCUGAAUUUUAGAACUCAUUAAAUAAGUUCAUGAAAUCCCAUACUCUGUGUAUCCCUUGCCCCUUUCUUCACCUUCAAAGUCGAGGCACUCGUUUCUUGGACUUACAUCAGUGCUCAAGCAUUCGCUUCACAUUGUGCUGAUUAUCGUCAGUGUGCGCAUAAAGUAUGUAAUUGAUCUUUUAAACUUGCAAAAGUAGUUGAGCAGAUAAUAUGUGACAACACGUUUUAUAAUUUAUACUGUAGAUGAUAGUGUUUGGUUACGCGCACCAAUUCAUUUGACUUGCUAAUUGGAAUUUCUUAGAUUCAUAAGGCAUGGACAGUGUGGUCUUGACUUUCGAUCCAAUGAUUGUAGGCGUUGAUAUGAAUAGAGAUGUCUUGAUUUUUUAUGUUGUGGAGAGGGCAAGCAUUGUAAAGAUACAAUAUGUUGUAUUCCAUUCUAUCAUAGGCUAAAAUACUGUGUUGUCAAUUGCAUCAAGAAUUUUUGUG